UGUCCUGCGGCCAAUCACUGUGCGGAACUGCGGCUGUGGCGGUCCGCCUUCUCCUUUGCUCUUCUAACCAAUCGCGCUGCUUCGUCCAUUGCUUUCUCUUCAGCCAAUCACUGAAUACUUCCGCCAUGCUGCCAAAUACUGGGCAUUCCUGCAUUUAUUGUGUUCCCUCCACUCGCUAAUCCGUCCCUGUUCUACGGAACAACCAUAGGGAGUCUGAAUAGUGCGGAACAGCGGUAUCUGCAUGCAGUUAAUUCACCAGUAUCUACAUCGUUUAAUUCCAGGGGCACUUCCAGGCCCCUCCCUCCCACAAGGAGCCAAUGGGAAUGUGGGAGGAAGCGAGUGACCCAGUGAUGGGGAAGAAGGAUAAAAAUGAGGAGCGGAAGGAGAGAAUCCUGAAUCUCACACUGGAGAUUAUCUAUCUGCUGACUGGAGAGGGCUACGUCAUCCCUAAGAAGAAGAGCCCAACUGUGGGUUUGGGGGCCCUGCAUGCCCCUGGCUCCGUCAUACAGAAGGAAAAUGACAAGAAGAUCCUGGAACUCAUCUCCAACAUCAUCCAGCUGCUGACUGGAGAGGUUGCCAUAAGGUGUGAGGAUGUUUCCAUCUAUUUUUCCUUGGAGGAGUGGGAGUAUAUAAAAGGAAACAAGGCCCUUUACAAGGAAGGGAUAAAGGAGGAGGAGGAGCCCCAGCAGCUCCGCCCACUCGGUGGGGAAUGUGAUGUUACAAGGGAGAUUCCAGCUGAUCUGGGAGGAACAUUAUGUUAUAAUAAUGAGCCAAGCAAGAUUGGGGCUGAAGGGGCAGAUUUUUGUGCCGACGGAAAUCUCACAAACCCAGACAUUUCUCCAGCGGAACAGCCCCCACCGGCCAAUGGGAUUAAAGAGGAGGCGGCUUCAUGGGAAGGGAGAAACCAAUCAGAUUGCAGCAUUAAUCCCCUUACAGAACAGAUACAGGAAACAGACACACCUACUCCUAUCAUGGGGUGCAGCCCAAGUAAAGUGUUGGAUAAAUAUAUAUCUGUGGUUAUUAAAGAGGAACCAGAUUCAUCUGAGGAGGAAGAGACAGAGGGGGUGGAAACUCCCAACCUAAAUCACAGCAGCCCUGUCAAGGCAAUGACAGAGGAGGCAGCUUCAUGGGAAGGGGGAAACCAAUCAGAUUGCAGCAUUAAUCCCCUUACAGAACAGAUACAGGGAACAGACACACCUACUCCUAUCAUGGGGCGGAGCCUGAAUAAUCUUCCUGAUUUACGAAUCAUUGCGAUCACUCAGCCAAUACUGGGGACGUACAUUUCUGCUCCUAUGAUAGGCUGCGGCCUAAACAUGAAUUUACCUGCUGGUUAUGUAGCAAACACUCUGAAUAAAGAGCAGGCCUCAUGGGAAGGGGGGAACCCGUUGGAUUACAGAAUCAUUGCAAUGCCAGGACCGGUACCGGCUGCAGCCGUUAAUGAUAACAAACACACUGAGCCCCCCGUACAGGGGAAGUUACGCUGCGCCGUAUGCAAUAAGCUGUUUGCCAGUAAGAUAACGCUCGCUCGCCAUCAGAUAGUGCACACAGGGGAGAAGCCGUAUUCCUGCUCCGACUGUGGGCGGCGGUUUCCGCGCGUCACCUCCCUGCAGGUGCACCAGAGAACUCACACGGGGGAGAAACCGUUCACUUGCAGCGAAUGUGGGAAAUCCUUUGCCAUCCCGCAGCAUCUGAACGAGCACCGCCGGACUCACACAGGGGAGAAACCCUUCUCAUGUUCCGACUGCGGAAAAUGUUUCGCCCACCGCUCCUCCCUCAAUAAACACCUCACCGUUCACAACAAGGAGAAGCCGCACGUGUGUGGGGAUUGUGGGAAGUGUUUCUCACACCUGUAUCUGCUGAGGUUGCACCGCAGGACUCACACGGGGGAGAAGCCGUACUCGUGCUCCGACUGCGGCAAACGUUUCGCCCAUCGCUCCUCCCUCACUGACCACCAACGGUCUCACGCGGGGGGGAAGCGAGAACGGCCUCUCCUCCGAGUGAAUGAGGAGAUGUCUGUUGAGCUGGGAAUUGUCUAUGAAACACUUGGCGCAUUCAGGACAAGAAAACGGUCUCACUCCCGUGUGGAUUUUGCGAUGGCGGAGGAGGACAUAUCUCGUAUACUGCGCAAAACACUUGCCGCACUCAGGGCAGGAAUACGGCUUUGCGCCCACGUGACUCUGGCAGUGUUUAGUAAAGGAGGAGCUUUGCGUGAAGGACUUGCCACACUCACGACAGGAGUACGGCUUUAUACCCACGUGGGUCUGGUAAUGCUUCACAAAGCCCGAGCGCUGCGAGAAGGAUUUCCCGCACUCAGUGCAAGCGAAGGGUUUCUCCGCCUUGUGCACCGACAGAUGCACGUCCAGAUGUGUGCGCCGUUUAAACAGUUUCCCGCACUCGGGGCAGGAGAACGGCCUCUCCUCCGAGUGAAUGAGGAGAUGUCUGUUGAGCUGGGAGUUGUUUAUGAAACACUUGGCGCAUUCGGGACAAGAAAACGGUCUCACUCCCGUGUGGAUUUUGCGAUGGCGGAGGAGGUAGGCGCGGUUUAUAAAACACUUCCCGCAUUCAGAGCAGGUGAAUGGUUUCUCCCCCGUGUGAAUCCUUUGGUGCAGGACAUAUCUCGUAUACUGCGCAAAACACUUGCCGCACUCAGGGCAGGAAUACGGCUUUACACCCAUGUGACUCUGGCAGUGUUUAGUAAAGGAGGAGCUUUGCAUGAAGGACUUCCCACACUCGCGGCAGGAGUACGGCUUUAUACCCGCGUGGGUCUGGUAAUGCUUCACAAAGCCCGAGCGCUGCGAGAAGGAUUUCCCACAUUCGUUACAGGAAAACGGUUUCUCUUUGGUGUGAAUUCUCUGAUGCCUGACGAGCUUCGAGCGGAGUCAGAGAAUCUGAAUAAAGACAGUGCCAAAAUCACAGAAGGGAUAAAGGUGGAGGAGGAGGAGCCUGAACAGAUACAGGGAACAGACACACCUACUCCUAUCAUGGGGUGCAGCCUGAAUAACAGCUCGGCAGAGGAUUAUAUAAUAGAUUCUAUUAAAGAAGAAUCGUGUUUGUACGAAGAAGGAAACCAUCGUGAUUACACUAUUAUUACACUUACAGAACAGAUACAGGAAACAGAUACACUGACUCCUACCAUGGAACUCAACCUGUAUAAAAGUUUGUCUGGUAAUUAUAUAUCAAAUGGAAUAAAAGAAGAAGCGGCUUCAUGGGAAGGGGGAAACCAAUCAGAUUGCAGCAUUAAUCCCCUUACAGAACAGAUACAGGGAACAGACACGCCUACUCCUAUCAUGGGAUACAACUUAACAAACAGCUUGUUGGAAACAAACUUUAUGAGAAACAGUAUGAAUUCACAUUAUGGCAGAGCGCCCCCCCUGCAGGUGAGGUACGGCAGUGCAGGGUACAAUGGAAGUGACAGCAGCAAGAGACUGCUCGCUGAGCAUGAAAAUGCCGACAAAGAAGAGAAACCAUUCACUUGUCCUGAAUGUGGGAAACGGUUUACACAUCUCUGUGAUCUCAAGAGACAUCUGAAGAUCCACUCGGGGGUAAAACUGCACUCUUGUUCCGACUGUGGGAGGCGCUUCACACACCGCUCGCACCUCGUCGUGCAUCAGAGAACUCACACGGGGGAGAGGCCGUUCGCUUGUUCCGAAUGCGGGAAAUGUUUUGCAGAUCAUUCGGCUCUCAAUGUGCAUCACCGGAUUCAUACCGGCACCAAGCCGUACGGCUGCCCCGAGUGCCACAAACGCUUCAUACACCGGUCCCAGCUCUCCGCGCAUCAGAGGGUUCACACAGGGGAGAGAACUCACUCUUGUUCCGAGUGCGGCAAAUGGUUCUCGCGGAUGGCGCACCUACGGAGGCACCAACGGACCCACACGGGGGAGAAGCCAUACUUUUGUUCCGAAUGUGGCAAAAGCUUCAUGCACGGCUCUGAUCUAAAGCGCCAUCAGAAUAUCCACACGGGGGUGAAACCCUUCCUAUGUCCCGAGUGCGGCCAGUGUUUCUCUUACCGUACACAACUUACUGUACAUCAGAAAAUUCACCGGAUCCUGAAUCUCACACUGGAGAUUAUCUAUCUGCUGACUGGAGAGGGCUACGUCAUCCCUAAGAAGAAGAGCCCAACUGUGGGUUUGGGGGCCCUGCAUGCCCCUGGCUCCGUCAUACAGAAGGAAAAUGACAAGAAGAUCCUGGAACUCAUCUCCAACAUCAUCCAGCUGCUGACUGGAGAGGUUGCCAUAAGGUGUGAGGAUGUUUCCAUCUAUUUUUCCUUGGAGGAGUGGGAGUAUAUAAAAGGAAACAAGGCCCUUUACAGGGAAGGGAUAAAGGAGGAGGAGGAGGAGCCCCAGCAGCUCCGCCCACUGGGUUACUAUGAAGAGAAUGGGGAUGAUCUCCAGGUUACGUUAUGUCGUAAAAUUCAUCCCAGCAAGAUUGUGGCUCGAGAAGGUGAUUUUGUUCAAAAUGGAAAUCUCACAAACCCUGAAAUUUCUGCAGCGGAACAGCCCCCACCGGCCAAUGGGAUUAAAGAGGAGGCGGCUUCAUGUGAGAGGGGAAACCAAUCAGAUUGCAACAUUAAUCCCCUUACAGAGCAGAUACAGGGAACAGACACACCUACUCCUAUCAUGGGGUGCAGCCUAGAUAGCAGCUCAGCAGUUAAUUAUGUAUCAAAUGAUGUGAAGGAGGAGUUAAUUUCUUCAUGGGAAGGGGGAAACCAAUCAGACUGCAGCAUUAAUCCCCUUACAGAACAGAUACAGGGAACAGACACACCUACUCCUAUCAUGGAAUACAAUUUAACAAACAGCUUGUCGGAAACAGACUUCAUAAAAAACAGUAAAACUUCCCAUCACCGCAGAUUGCUCCCCCUACAGGUGAGGUUCGGCAGCGCAGGGUUCCACAGGAGCUACAGCACUAAGGACAAGGAAGAGAAACCAUUUCCAUGCCCCGAGUGUGGGAAACGUUUCACCCAUCCCUAUGCCGUCAAGAAACACCAGAGAAACCACUCAGGGGUAAAACCGCACUCUUGUUCCGAGUGUGGGAAGCGCUUUGCCCACCGCUCGCACCUCAUCGUGCACCAGAGAAGCCACACGGGGGAGAGGCCGUUCUCUUGUUCCGAAUGCGGGAAAUGGUUUGCGCGGACGACGCACCUGAGGCGUCACCAAAAGACUCACACAGGGGAGAAACCAUUUCCAUGUUCCGAGUGCGGCAAAUGGUUUGCGCGGAUGACGCACCUGAGGCGACACCAGCAGAUUCACACAGGGGAGAAGCCAUACUUUUGUUCUGAAUGCGGCAAAAAAUUUCUGCGCGGCUCUGAUCUAAAGCGCCACGAGACAGUGCACAUGAGGGCAAAGCCCUUUCUCUGUUCUGAGUGCGGCCAGUGUUUCCCGUACCAUUCACACCUGAAACUGCAUCGGAAAAUUCACCAGUUCGCUUGCCCGACUCUGAUUUUCAAUACUGCAAAGCCAAUGGGAAUCUCAGAGGAACCAAGUGACACCGUGAUCGAGGAUAAAAAUGAGGAGCGGAAGGAGAGAAUCCUGAAUCUCACACUGGAGAUUAUCUAUCUGCUGACUGGAGAGGGCUACGUCAUCCCUAAGAAGAAGAGCCCAACUGUGGGUUUGGGGGCCCUGCAUGCCCCUGGCUCCGUCAUACAGAAGGAAAAUGACAAGAAGAUCCUGGAACUCAUCUCCAACAUCAUCCAGCUGCUGACUGGAGAGGUUGCCAUAAGGUGUGAGGAUGUUUCCAUCUAUUUUUCCUUGGAGGAGUGGGAGUAUAUAAAAGGAAACAAGGCCCUUUACAGGGAAGAGAUAAAGGAGGAGGAGCCCCAGCAGCUCCGCCCACUGGACGGGGAAUAUGAAGAUAAGAGAGAGAUUCCAGCUGAUCUGGGAGGAACAUUAUGUUAUAAUAAUGAGCCAAGCAAGAUUGGGGCUGAAGGAGCAGAUUUUUGUGCUGACGGAAAUCUCACAAACCCUGAAAUUUAUCCAGUGGAACAGCCCCCACCGGCCAAUGGGAUUAAAGAGGAAUUGGAAGGGGAAAACCAUUCAGGUUUCAGGUUGUCAGUUAAUUAUUUAUCCGUUGUUAUUAAAGAGGAGACGGCUUCAUGGGAAGAGGGAAACCAAUCAGAUUGCAUCAUUAAUCCCCUUACAGAACAGAUACAGGGAGCAGACACACCUACUCCUAUGAUGGGAUGGGACAUCAUUGAUAACUUGUUGGAGGCAGAGUGUAGAGAAAAUUGUGAAAACACUAAGAAAUGUGCAUUUUUAUCAAACGAGAGAGCACUCGCGUUGCCCCUUGUGUACGACUCCACUGAGGGUCUUAAUGACUUUGCCGAGAAUUACAGAAUUCACAUGGGGCAGAAAUCGCACUCUUGUUCUGAGUGUGGGAAACGUUUCACGCGCCGCUCAAACCUUAAAAUCCACCAGAGAACUCACACGGGGGAGAAACCAUUUACCUGCAGUGAAUGCGGCGGGUGCUUCUUCCACCGGUCCGACCUGGCUGACCACCAGAGAACCCACACCGGGGAGAAACUGCACUCUUGUCCUGAAUGCGGGAAAUGUUUUGUCCGUCCCUCCGAACUGAACAUCCAUCAGAGAAUCCACACCGGCGAGAAGCCGUACUCGUGUUCCGAAUGCGCCAAAUGUUUCACGCAUCGCUGUGAUCUGACUCAGCACCAGAGAAUUCAUACCGGGGAGAAACCGUACUUUUGUUCGGACUGUGGGAAACGCUUUACGCAGCACUCGCACCUAAACGUGCACAAGAAAAUCCAUUCUGGGGAGAAAACCUUCUCUUGUUCCGAAUGCGGGAGGUGUUUCACGCAUCACUCGCGCCUUAAGAUUCACCAGAAAAUCCACUCGGGGGAUAAGCCGUAUUCGUGCCCCGAAUGUGGCAAAUGUUUCACGCAACGCUUCAACUUCACCGAACACCAGAAAAUCCACCGAGGGGAGAAGCCAUUCUCCUGCGCCGAGUGCGGGAAAUGCUUCACGCAACGCUCGAACCUUAACGUGCACCGGAGAACUCACACAGGGGAGAAACCCUUCCUGUGCUUUCAGUGUGGGAAACGCUACACGAGCCUGAAGAACCUCAGUCACCACCAGAGAAUCCACUCAUGCUGAUUCAAUAAAAGAUCUUACGUUAUUCUUGCCCCUUUC